UCCGGCGCCCUGGAUGGUGCAGCUGCUGCGCGGCCGCAAGCACAUCUGCGCCGGUGCGCUCGUCUCUCCGCGGCACGUGCUCACUGCUGCCCAUUGCGUCCAGCAGCACGGUGCGUACCGGCUUGAGCUAACUAUCGUUAUAGGACUGGGCGAAGCACGCAGGCCCGACCUGCGGCUUCGGCUGGCAGAAGGUGUCGAGCAUGCUCCUCAGCAUGUGCUCGUGCACGAGGGUUUCGACGCGUCCGAACUGCGCCACGACCUGGCACUUCUGGUGCUAGAGCGACCGGCUGCUAUUGCCCGUGCCGAAAUGGUGUGCUUGCCAGAAGUCAACGCAGAAGGCCACGAGGACAGCACGGCCCUGGUCUCUGGUUGGGGUUCCACGGGGCCUCGGGAUCAGACAGAGCAACGGGGGACAGUGGUAGAGGACAGUCCAGAACACCGCGAAGCGAUGGUGCGGACGCUGAAGCGCGACCAGUGCGAAGAGGCCUACUUGGGCCUGCUGGACAUCACUGAGGAGAAGCUGUGCGCCGCAGGGGAUGGCGUGGAUACCUGCCAGGGCGAUUCCGGAGGUCCGCUGGUCGUGAGCGAUCCGCUAAGCGACCGCUUCUCGCUGGUCGGCGUCACUUCAUUCGGCGUGCGCUGCGGUGACUCUCGCUUCCCGGGCGUGUACACUAGGGUGGCUGCCUACCUACCCUGGAUUCGCGGAAAGAUGGUCGAACACCCGUGA